AUGGAGACCAUGAACAUAAAUAUAAAUAAAAUGAAGGAAGAAUACAAAGACCAAAUGAAGGCACAAACAGAAAAACUCACCACCGAUUUGGCCUCCACAAUCGAUGAUAAGCUGAAACCACUCUUUGAAGAAAAUAAGGUACUGAAAGACAAAGUAGAAACUCUAAACAACAAAGUCCGAAGCCUGGAAAAAGAAACUAGAAGGAACAAUAUUAUUCUUCAUGGAAUCGAUGAAACAGAGGAAAAUAAUAACGAGCUCCAAAAACUGGUCAUUGAGGCAUUCAGCACGGUGAGCACAGCUGCGGGAUCAGAACCGUUCGAUAAGUGGGAACUGAGUGACGUCUACAGACUGGGCAGAAAGCAAGAAAAGAAACGUCGACCCAUACUAGUAAAACUUACCCUCGCAUGGAGAAGGACAGAACUGCUAAAAAACAACAAAAAGUUUCCCCUGGACACCUAUGUCACAGAAGACUUCCCAAAAGACGUCUUAAACACAAGAAAAGAACUCAAAGCAAAGAUGCAAGAAGAGAUCAAAAAAGGAAACAACGCAGUGAUUCGCUAUGACCGACUCAUAAUCAGAGAAAGAUCGAACGCAACAGAAAAAAGAAAAAGGUCACCAACGAUAACACCAACAAAAAAAGACUCCGAUGAAGAAGUGCCCCAGAAGGCACCAAAUAAAAUAUAUAAGACAAAUGCUUUCGAUCUCAUGAACCACCCAAGGGCAAAUUCAUAUCAGUCCACGAGCGAACGAAGCGAAGAAUAA